GGGCUUGCGGAGAACAAGCCGCCCGUCCUAUUGGCAUGGUCCACGGCAAUGGGCAAGGCUGCUCACGAGUACUCAGACAAGCCCGUGCAGUGGUUCCUUUCUAUGGUUUCUGGCGGGAAGCACGUGGAGUUGUUGGCCUUGCCAGCGUCUGACAAGGCCCUCCUAGGCUACGGUGUGGAGCGGCUUAUGCGUGGACUGGCGGUGGUGGAGGACAGCCGAGCCCCAGACGGACAGAAGAAGCCCAUUUUCAGUCAGGAGGCUUGGGACACGAAGGCGCUGGUGCGUGAGGCCGCGGUCGCCAUGGCGGACCUCGACGCUUUUGCCAAAGAAGUUCCGAAUGCGGACAUUCCUGGCUUGAAGGAGGCUGCCAGCAUGCUGCUGGAAAAGGGGAAGACUUCUGCAAUGAGGUUGGCGGUGGCACUGCGGGAAGGCAAGGCCUCUUUGAUCGACGUGUACACGGAAUCCGUAGCGACAAUAGCCAUUGUUCGAGACUUGGACGCCACGGCCCCCUAUCCAGACAGCGCUUUGGAAUUGAAGAAGACCGUCGACCUGGUCAACUCCUUCACAUCCUGGCGUCAAGACUUCCCUGAGGGCAUGAGCACUCACUUGGCCGCCCUGGACGAGGAGAUGGCCAAAGAACCUUCACCAACGCAAGCCUUGGUGGAGACGUACCACGUGAUGGCCAUUGAGAUCUUUCACCGCGCCCUGACGACACAGAAGCCGUGGACGGAUGAGUUUGCAGAGGGUUUGUUGAAGGACGUGACAGGCUUGAUCAAAUUUGUGACCGGCCAUCUUCAACUCACGAAGAAGAUUGUCGCGGGCGUCAUUACCGAGCGCUUGGAUUUGCUUCAGAAG